AUGCGGAACACAAGGAGAAAACCGCGGCCGACGAGCGGCCCCUUCAUCUCCUCGCGGACUAGGUCGUCGUCGAGAAUCGAGCGAAACUCUGACGAACAUAAGGAACCCAGUAGUGAUCUGAGCAGUCCCAGCAGUGCACGGUUAGCCCCCCCCAAGAGGGCCCGGCGACAGACUGCUUCAGAGCCCAGCUCCAGUGACACUUCUCCGUCUCCUCAGGUGAAGAAUCAGAGGGUCAGCUGGCACAUUCCCACCUAUUGCACCAGGUUAUCCUCUCGCAUAAUGCAAAAUGGACAUGCCCAUAUGAGUCACCGCGGCGAGGAGAAAUCCGGGACGGAUCAUUCUCACAUGAAUGGCCAUGUGGAACUGAAGAGGAGCUGCCGGGAGAAGAGCCAAUUUGAACACCUCAACCAGAGCCUGCUGUUUGACCAGCUGGUCAACAGCACUGCUGAGGCUGUCCUGCAGGAAAUGGACAACAUCAGCAGCAUCAGACAGAGCCGUGAGGUGGAACAACUUCGCAUGUGGACCGGAGACACUGAGGAGGAAAACAUGGACAUGUAUUCCCGAGUGAAGCGCAGGAAAUCUAUGCGCAGGAGUACUUUCAGCAUGCCUACACACCACAAAGUCAUAAGUAAAGCUGAGCAGGAGGAGGAAGAAGAGGAAGAAGAAGAGGAGGGAACAGAAGAAUCUCAUGAGGAGGAUGCAGAGGAAGACGAUGAUGACGGAGAUGAAGCAGAAGAGCAAGGAGAGGAGAAUGACAGACCGUACAACCUGAGGCAACGCAAGACUGUGCAGCGAUAUGAAGCACCACCUAUAGAGCCUGUGAACAGAAAACAGAGCAACCCCUCACUUUUUGACACCCAUAGAUCCCCAGCAAGAAUAAGCCAUAUAAGAGUGAAGAAACAUGCCAUUCACAGUAGUGACACCUCAUCCUCUGACGAAGAGCGCUUCGAGCGAAGAAAAAGCAAAAGCAUGACCCGGGCCAGAAACAGAUGUUUACCAAUGAACUUGACUGCAGAAGAUCUAGCGAGUGGGGUGCUCCGAGAUCGGGUGAAAGUGGGUGCAAGCCUGGCGGAUGUGGACCCCAUGAACCUUGAUAGAUCAGUGAAGUUUGACAGCGUUGGUGGCCUCAGUAAUCACAUUCAGUCACUGAAGGAGAUGGUCGUGUUCCCACUGCUCUACCCUGAGGUCUUUGAGAAGUUUAAGAUUCAGCCUCCCAGAGGGUGUUUGUUCUAUGGCCCACCAGGGACAGGAAAGACCCUGGUAGCACGGGCACUUGCCAAUGAGUGUAGCCAGGGAGACAGGAAGGUUUCCUUUUUCAUGAGGAAAGGAGCCGACUGCCUCAGCAAGUGGGUGGGUGAAUCAGAGCGCCAGCUACGAUUGUUGUUUGACCAGGCAUACCUAAUGAGGCCCUCUAUUAUCUUCUUUGAUGAGAUUGAUGGAUUGGCUCCAGUUCGUUCCAGCAGGCAAGACCAGAUACACAGUUCUAUUGUGUCUACUCUGCUGGCCUUGAUGGAUGGCUUAGACAGUCGUGGGGAGAUAGUUGUCAUUGGUGCUACAAACAGACUUGACUCUAUCGACCCGGCACUCAGGAGGCCCGGACGCUUUGACCGGGAGUUUCUGUUUAACCUGCCUGACAAAAAGGCCAGAAAGCACAUCUUGGAGAUCCACACGCGGGACUGGAAUCCCAAAUUGGCUGAGCCAUUUGUAGAUGAACUUGCAGAAAAAUGUGUCGGCUACUGUGGUGCUGACAUCAAAGCACUUUGCACAGAGGCAGCCUUGGUGGCACUGCGCCGCCGAUACCCCCAGAUCUAUGGCAGCAGCAUCAAACUGAAGCUGGAUGUCACCUCCAUCAUCUUAGGGCCUGGUGAUUUCAGUAAGGCCAUGAGGACAAUCGUCCCAGCCUCUCAGAGGGCCCUCGCUCCCCCGGGCCGAGCUCUGUCCCCCACCCUCAGGCCCCUGCUGGCCAGCUCUUUCACCUCGGUGCUGAAAGCUCUCCUCAGAGUCUUCCCCCACGCUCAGUGUACUGACAGGGACAACACACAUGGCGGUGACAAUCAAUUGUUUGAAGAGGACUUGUAUAGCGAUGAAGACAAUGAGGAAGGCUCUGCUUCCAUCUAUGAAGUCCAGCCUGCUGCAUCCCCAAAGAGUCAGCUCUCCUCUUCUGCAAUGCACAGACCCUUCCUCCAUUUCUCCAGCUCUGCUCUCCAACAGCCCACAGCUUACCGGCCUCGUCUCCUGCUGGCUGGGUCCCCAGGUUCAGGACAGAGCUCCCACUUGGCCCCUGCUUUGCUGCACCACCUGGACAAGCUGCCAGUGCACCGUCUAGACUUGCCCACUCUCUACUCAAUCAGCGCUAAGACGCCAGAGGAGUCUUGUGCUCAGGUUUUCCGUGAAGCCUGUCGGAGCGUGCCCAGUGUGGUGUUCAUGCCCCAUAUCUCAGAGUGGUGGGAGACGGUUAGCGACACUGUGAAGAGCACCUUCCUCACCCUGCUCCAGGAUGUGCCCUCGUAGCCCGUCCUUAUCCUCGCAACGGCUGAGACUCACUAUUCACAGCUGUCUGAUGAGGUAAAGACCAUGUUCCAGAGGACUUAUGGGGAGGUGGUGACACUGUGCCCACCAGGAGAAGAAGACAGGAGGAAAUUCUUCUCUGACCUCCUGCUGGUUCAAGCUGCCAGGCCUCCACCGCGCCUCAGGAAUACCGGUACUUGCACUACAGUAAUCACUUCACUGUGCACAAACACGAGACAGCUCUGA